UGAGUUUGUUUUUUUCAUGGACCAAAUGUUUUCUUCAGCUGAUUCAGCAAGUUCGUGAUUUUUUAAAUUAAAAAUGGGAAAAUGGAGAGGGGAAGACAGGGAAUCGAACUCUUAUUAACAAGGUGAAAGUUCGGGUAGCUAACCUAGUGGAGUUACUAAGAUUCUCCUGUUUCUUGUUGUUUAUGGAUGAAAAACGUUAACUUUUUUUAUUUUUAUUUUCUUGAUAAAGAUGAUAGUCGUGUAUUUAGAUAUGCUUGUUUUGGUUAAGUGUUGUGUUAACAGAGGCGGAGCUGGGAUUUGAAAGUUAUAAGUUCUGGAUUCUAAGAUUUUACUGUCUCAAGUGUUAGUAAUGGAUUCUGAAUUUAUUUGGUGAUUUUCCUAAAUGCAUAUACAUGAUUUGAACCAAAGCUAGAGAAUGCUGCCGAACCCCUGAUAAUGCUAUCUCUAUCCAUGUGUCUCUGUAUCUGCAUCUUGUUUGUUGGUGAUGGAGGAAGUUGGUUAUCUCAUUGAGGGGUUGGAUUUUAAGGUAGCGGAUGUAUAAUAAUGUUGUGAGUAUGUGACCACUGACUUAUAAGUUAUGUUGCUCGGACUCUCUUCAAGGUGUGUGUUGGGUCCUCCAGAAAUAGUGCAUUUUUGAAGGAUUUGACAGGGGUGUUUUUACAUAUGGUUAUUUGGUUGAUUAGUUUGUGUAUUAUCUGGAUCCAGAGGUGGAGCAAAGGUAAAGGGGUUCAAUUGAAUCCGUUUGCUGAAAAAAUGUUUUAUUGAAUCCCUUGACACAGAGGCGGAUCCAAAUUUUGAACUUUAUGGUUUCAAGUUCAAAACUUUGUUGCAUCCCAUUCAAAUCCAUUAUCUGUUCUUAUUUAGUGAAUCUUUUAACAUAUAUACUAGGUCUGAGCUAAAGUUACUGGUGUUGAUGAACUCGCAAAUUGUGAACUACAUCCCUCGCGUGAGGAAAAAUUCUAGUGUAGUGGUAAAGAGGUUGAAAAAAAUUGUUUUAGGUCAUUGGUUCAAAUCCUUUGUGUAAACUCUAGUAUUUGUAGCCAAUACCAACUAGUUUAAGGUUGAGGCCUAGCUGAUUGAGCGAUUAGAAUAACUAGUUCGAGCCGAAGACAGUUCGUUCAAAUUGUGGGUGAUCAGGGCAAAAGACUGAUAAGUCUGAGUGCAGUACAUUGAAGUCCUUUGGGACAAGGAAUGCCCUUUGUUUCAUAGGAAAAUAUGAGUAUUACUGUCUGCCUAUUAUAAAAAGCUUUUCCAUAGUCAAAAUCAAACCUUUCUUAAACUUCUGGCAUUUACCUUUACCGUCAACAGGCCUAUCGUCCGCGAUCUCGUGGAUGACGUCAUAGUUGUUGAUGAUGUAGAGAUAAUACAAGCUAUGAGACUCUAAAGAUUGGCCUUGCUGCAGUUCUUUCCAAUAGUUUAAGACAAAUCCAGCCUAUAGUGAAUGCAAUAAUAUUGGCAUUGUAAUUUCUGGAGGCAAUAUUGAUCUUGGUGUGCUUUGGAAUUCCGUUAACGAAUGAGAAACUCUGUAUUCAAUCUUCCCCUCGUUGGAACAAAUUUCUAUAUGAAUCAUGUAUUCUCGCAAUUUCUUGUUGUUUGAUUUUUGUUUCACAUUAUUCUUCUUCUUAUUAUUUUUACUAUUCUUUGGUUCUGAAUGCUCUGUACUGCUUUCCUUCUUAGCUGUCGUUUUCCCGCUACUGUCUUAUUUUCUUCUUCUUUUUAUAACUGCUUGCUUUGAUGCUCUUGAGCCAAUGGUCUUUCGCAAAAAACUUCGCUACCUCCACGAGGUAUGGGUAAGGUCAUAUACUCUACCCUCCCAGACUCCACUUGUGAGAUUACACUUGGUAUGCAAAAAACCCCUGCAUUGUUAUCUUCUUGAGUGAAAAUGCAGAAAUCAAAGUAUGGACAAUCUUGAUAAGAAUGUUGGUUAGAGGGUAAUGCCUCGAGUAAGCCUUUAAGGAGUAGAAGAAACCAUUCGAUACACAUAACCAACAUAUUUGUUAAGGAAUUGAGGAAGAAGCAAAACCAUGAGAUAGAGAAUAAGAGCAAAUUAAGAAAAGUAGGAUUUGGUAAGAUUUGAGAGAAUUAACUGAUAGACAUACAGUGUAUUAAGCCGGAAUGGAAACGAACUAGUGAAUUUGCUAUAAAAUGGUAAAAUGACGCCACAUUUUGUAAUAUUUUAAAACUAGAACUAUGCCUUUUAGAUAUAGUAGCUAUAUUUGCUUAGUUAGGUAUAACUGAUUUAUGAGUGAAAAGUGGGCUGGACCAUUAAUCCUUAAAAAGGGGACAGGACACAAGCUAGUGAAUUUUCUAGAAAAUGGUAACUGACGCCACAUUUGGUAACAUUUUAAAACUAUAACUAUAGUAACUAUAUUUGCUUCGUUAGGUAACUAAAUUAUGAGUGAAGGCUAGACCCAUUUAUUCUUUUCAACAUACAAGUAUAUAAGGUAUAGAGAGCUCAUGGUUCUUUUGAUAAAUAACUUUUUGCUCGAAGGAAGUGGCUGGAACUUUAUUUGAGCUCUCAUCAAUUUAAGCUUCAGCUUUGCAAUUGUUAACUUCCAUAGUAAUUAUUGAUGGAACCGAAUCACACAAAAUCUAGUGACUGUUAUGCUGCUGAUAUCUCCUCCAUCAGGGCAGCUCAAGUACGCAUUAAGCCCUUUGCGCAACAAACUCCUGUGCUCACCUCAGACACUUUAGAUUCUAUUGCUGGAAGAAAGCUGUACUUCAAAUGUGAAUGCUUUCAAAAGGGGGGAGCUUUUAAAUUCCGAGGGGCAUGCAAUGCUAUUUUUUCACUUGAUGAUGAUCAGGCCACUAAAGGAGUUGUAACUCAUAGCAGUGGAAAUCAUGCUGCAGCUCUUUCUUUGGCUGCAAAUCUACGGGGCAUCCCCGCAUAUAUAGUUGUACCAAAAGAUGCUCCAAAAUGCAAAGUCGCGAAUGUCAAACGUUAUGGUGGUCAUGUUAUCUUCAGUGAGCCAUCGAUGCAGUCCCGGGAAGAUACUGCAAACAAGGUGUUGCAAGAUACUGGUGCUGUUCUUGUUCCGUCCUCUAAUGAUGGGCGCAUUAUAAGCGGGCAGGGUACAAUAUCUCUGGAGUUUCUGGAACAGGCUUCGGAAAUUGACACUUUAAUAGUCCCAAUCAGUGGAGGUGGUAUGAUAUCAGGAGUUGCAUUGGCUGCCAAGGCCAUCAAUCCCGCCAUUCGCAUUUUGGCUGCCGAACCACUGGGGGCAAAUGAUGCUUUCCAAUCAAAGAGCAAUGGUAAGAUUACUAAGUUAUCUGAAGUCAACACUAUUGCUGAUGGCCUUCGAGCUUUUCUUGGCAAUCUCACAUGGCCUAUUGUCCGUGAUCUCGUGGAUGACGUUAUAGUUGUUGAUGAUAAGGAGAUAAUACAAGCUAUGAAACUUUGCUAUGAAAUUCUGAAAAUUGCAGUGGAACCAAGUGGAGCUAUAGGCCUUGCAGCUGUUCUUUCAGAUGGUUUUCGAAAAAAUCCAGUCUAUAGUGAAUGCAACCAUAUUGGAAUUGUGCUUUCCGGAGGAAACGUUGAUCUUGGUGUGCUCUGGAAUUCGUUUGAUAAAUGAGAAACUCUGUUAGUCGCGAGAGGCAGAUUCAGAAUUUGAACUAGUAGUUCAACUCAUUUGAUUUACUGGAUUCGGAAUCAAUAACUAUUUGUUCUUCUUUAGUUAAGUUUUUUUUUUUUUAUAUAUAUAUAUAUAAUGUUCGAUCCAAAGUUACUAGUUUCAGAUGAAUCUGUAACUUUCACUCUUAUGUCCAUCCUUGGAAACAGGUGUUAUUCAAUAAUUCAACUUUUCUAUUAUUGAUCAUACUUUAAAAUUUUCGUAUCGUGAGGAUUCAUCAUAAUCUGAUUGACUAUAUAAAUUUUCAUUUUUUUUUGGCCUGUUAACUACUUUCUAAUAGUAUUUGGUUUGAGCUGUCAGUGAGGAUUCAUAUCGUCGAUCCUAAUUUGUUCUUAGACUACGACGUUAUUGUUUUGUUGUUGUUAUUGUUUUAUUCUAGCAUUGCAUGUAAGUAUUACUCAUAUAAAUA